GCAAGUUUUGCUCGGUUUUGAAUCAGCGCUGUGAAAUGCAUUGUGAAAGACAAUGCAAGGAGGUGAACCGCAAUGGAAGGAGCAUAUCUUUGCAUAUUGCGGGAGGGGGAGGCACAAGAGUAAGUUUCUAAGAUUGAUACAAUUUGUAAGCUCUUCACGACGUUUACCAUCUCAACAAGGUAAGGCAAAGAUCAUGGCAAGCAGUGGUGAAUGUUCUUCUUGCACCGCGAAAUUCUGUUAUUAUAGCGGUUCGUACACGUUCGAACUGCGUCUCGGGAUGUGUGGAGGUGAUGGCACGCGAUCACUGGAAGGAGCGUGCGAAAUAAAGGGUAUAGGCUUCAGUAUUCGUGGAACCGCAGUCGGCGAUGGGAUCACGCCAAACCAACUAGACUAUUCCUUAUUCGAGGAAGGGUCAUCAUCAUCUGCCUCAGCUGGCACGGUGGUUAAGAACGGUUGGUAGCUGUUGAGCAGACAUUUCUUUCUUAUUUUACUGGCAUGCUUACUAUGACGAGGUUGAGAUUAUUUCAUCAGGCCUGAAACUGCUGCGACUGCGACAACAAUGCUCACACUUACAUAAUUAUGUUUCACACUUGGAGGGUACGAGUACGUAAAAGAAUCGGAAACUAACUCUAAUCGUACACCAACGGCGGUCGCCAUUUUCACCGUGCGCGUGUCGCGACGAAACAGCUCUGGAUACUCCGGCGAGUGGCGAAAGGGAGCCGGUGGGGCCGGCAACCCGUGUAGCCUCGUUCUGGAGCGGCUUCCAGGUCGAAACUUUAACAUUUUUGAGCGUGGAGACCAGGUAUGCUCGAUUACUGGAGUGCGUGGCCGCAUUACGCGUGUUUUCUACCACAAUGUUCCGGACUACUUUUAUGAGGUAGAAAAAGCCGGCAAUGCUGGCUUUAUCGAGAUGAGCGAAAACAAAUUGCGCUUCUUACCACCCUAGUCAAGGAAGAAAUCCCGAUGUUUCGUUUGUCGUUUUGUAAUCGAGGCUUAGUGAAUUUCAUCGUUAUAACAUAAAUAGUGUUUGCGCGCAAUGCCGUGGUCUUUGUGCGAAGCUUAAGCCUUCGUCCUGAAGAUAUCUUGUUCAAGCGAAGAGAUCAUAGAACUACCAAAAUUGCUCAAUACAGAUGAAGCCCGCUGCGGAUGUACCUUUGCGUGAGGGCUCAACAUAAG